GCUGCCAGGCUGUCUAGUCACAGAGGAAGGCUGUGCUUCUCUGGUCUCAGCUCUGAGGUCAAACCCCUCACACCUGAGAGAGCUGGACCUGAGCUACAAUCACCCAGGAGACUCAGGAGUCAGACUGCUCUCUGCUGGACUGGAGGAUCCACACUGCAGACUGGAGAAACUCAAACUCACUGGCUGUAAACUCACAGACACAUCCUGUAAAGUGUUGGCCUCAGUUCUCAGUUCAAACCCCUCACACCUGAGAGAGCUGGACCUGAGUAACAAUGACCUGAAGGAUUCAGGAGUGAAGCUGCUCUCUGCUGGACUGGGGAAUCCCCACUGUAAACUGGAGACUCUGAGGUUGUCAGGCUGUCUAGUCACAGAGGAAGGCUGUGCUUCUCUGGUCUCAGCUCUGAGGUCAAACCCCUCACACCUGAGAGAGCUGGACCUGAGCUACAAUCACCCAGGAGACUCAGGAGUCAGACUGCUCUCUGCUGGACUGGAGGAUCCACACUGCAGACUGGAGAAACUCAAUGUGGAACAUGGUGGAGAGAACACAAUGAAACCUGGGCUUAGAAAAUAUGUCUGUGAUCUCACACUGGACCUAAACACAGUAGACAGACUCCUCUCUCUGUCUGAGGAGAACAGAAAGGUGACUUGGGGGAGAGAGGAGCAGCCGUAUCCUGAUCACCCAGAGAGAUUUGAGGUCUGUAGACAGGUGCUGUGUAGAGAGGGUCUGACUGAGCGCUGUUACUGGGAGGCAGAGUGGAGUGGAAUGGGGGCUGUUAUAGGAGUGACAUAUAAAGGAAUCAGCAGGAGAGGAUGGGGUGAUGACUGUUGUCUUGGAUACAAUGACAAGUCCUGGAGUCUGGACUGCUCUGACAACAGUUACAUUGCCAGUCACAAUAAUAAUCACACAACCAUAGACGUCCCCUCCUCCAGCUCCCACAGAGUCGGAGUGUAUCUGGACUGGCCAGCCGGCACGCUGUCCUUCUAUAGAGCCUCCUCUGACACACUGACCCACCUGAUCACAUUCACCUCCACAUUCCCUGAGCCCCUCUUUCCAGGGUUUAGGGUUUGGUAUGAUGGUGACUCAGUGUCCCUCUGUCAGUGACACACUGGACACAGACACACACACACACGCUGGACACACACACACACACACACACUGGACACACACACACACACACACACACUGGACACACACACUCACACUGGACACACACACUCACACUGGACACUCACACA